CUAGAUAUCUUUCGAGUCGCACGUAUUUACCUACCGGGAGAUCAGCUACGUGGCCACGUAGUUCUGCGACCAAGCCUUGAAAAUAUAGAUGACGUUUCGCCACGAAAAUUAGAACAGUCUUCUCCUUCCUUUAUAUAUGUUCUGUGUCUCCUUCUCUCUCAGAUUCGACGAGUUGUUUCUUGUCAUUUCUUGUUUGUGUUGAUUUUCGGAAAAUUGUAUUUUUAUUCCACUCAAUGAUGGACGACGCGACGUCGAGCACGUCGUCCGCGCAAUCCGCGACGGCCAAGUACCAAGAGAAGAUAAAGCGACUCAGAGAUCUCCACGCCAAGAGGAACGAGGCCAGGAUGCAAAACCAUAAGGAAGUUAUAGAGGAGGAUAAGAGGAACAAACUGCCUGCCAAUUGGGAAUCUCGUAAGAGACAGGCCGAAUGGAUAAUGCAGGAUGAAGCUGCUAGAAAAGAGGCAGAAACUAAGGGUGAAGAUUACGAGCGAAAAAAAUUGCUGAAUAUUGAUGCCACUGAAGCAGAGAGGAUAGCCAGAAAGAAGAAAAGCAAACAGAAUCCUGACCCAGGUUUCUCGGAUUACGAACAAGCGGCGAUACGUUCUUAUAAUAGACAAGUGAAAAACAUUAAACCGAAUAUGGAGGCUUACGAAGAAGCGAAGGAAAAGCUAGGCCCAGCCUUUUACGGCGAUCCAAAUACGAUAUUGCAUGGCUUACACGAGGACAAAAAGGAAGCAAUAGAUAAGAUGGUCACAAAUCUUGAGAAGCAGAUCGCAAAACGGGAAAAAUAUAGCAGGCGUAGAAUGCACAACGACGACGCGGAUAUCGAUUACAUUAACGAGCGUAACGCCAAGUUUAACCAGAAACUGGAGAGGUUCUACGGCGAGUAUACUCGGGAGACGAAGCUAAACUUGGAGAGGGGUACAGCUAUAUAAGGGGAGAACGUUGCUGUAAUUAUCACAAAUACUUGUAUUUUACGUAUUAUACGAUAAUUUUUUUUAUACAAAUAAGAAUCUGGAAAAAAUUUUGCGGCAUUCGGUCGAAUGCAUCGUUUAUUCUUACUGGCGAUGCGCCCAUUGCUCUGUAAUACGCGAAAAAUCCAAAGCUGGAUUGCGUAGAAAUUGCUUUACAAGAAACAAGAAAUCUAAUCGUCAUAUAACGAGGAACUAGUUAACGACUCUAAUAACGCGCGAUAUGCACUAACCAUAAAUAAAAAAUUAAGUUAAAUUAUUACAUUAGUCACAUAUGUUCUCUAUUACAAUCGCUUAGCCCCUACAAAAUUUGUUUAUUUAAUUUAAAUAAUUCUUUUUAUAUGUACAGUUCUUUAAAAACUUCUAAUUCAAUUCGCGUCAUACCACCCAACUGUGCACUAUAUCUGAAAAAGUAAUACAUCGUAAUUAUUUUUGCAGACAGCGUAAACAGCUAUUAUAUCUGCGAAAUAUUAAUCUCGUUUGAGCGAAAGCAUCGGUAUAAGAUAUACUCACGCCUUGGCGAAAAAUUGUGGUGAUGCGUUACUCGUAUAUGAAUAUCUUGCGUUUCCCCUGCAAAUUCGAGACUAUUAGGAUCGCUGAAAAAUUAAGCAAAAUGAUGUUAUGUAUAAUUCAUCAGGCACAAAAUUCCUUUGCCUUACCUGGAUAUUACGUUUUGCCAGGAAAUAUCAAUGCUAUAUCAAUGAUGCUAUACAAUGAUGUUAAUAGUUUAGAAAUAUUACAUAAAACAAAUACAACUUGUAAAUGGAUCGUAGAAAUGUGCGAAUUCGACAAUUUCGAAUUUAAGAAAUUUGAAUACAAAUUACAUAUAUUGACAUCUGAUUUUAUAAAAUUAGAUUUAAUGUGACUUUAUAUCAUAUACUCAAUAUUUUCUUAGAAUUCUUUAUAUAUCUAUAAAUUUAAUUUAACAAUAAUUAAUAUUAGUUAAAAGUUACAUGUUUCAACGAUUUAAUUUGAUUAAAUUCGAUUUGGCGUCAAAAAAUCUUGAUUCGCACAUCUCUAAUGGAACGUUAAUUUAUUAAAAUUAGCAAAUACACACAUCUAACAAAUGAGAA